AUGAGCCACCACCAGCCAGUCCAAGUCACCUAUGCGUCCAAGCAAGUCGACAUCCCCGACGGCUUCCUCGUGAAGCCCGCACCCGACAGCAAGCCCAUCACCUUCAAGCAGAUGGACUGGGCGGAGACGGUCCUGCCGGAGUACGCGGGCGCCUACGCCGUCGUGCUGGACAAUGUCCUCAGCCCGUCCGAGUGCAAGAUGCUCCUCGCCCUCGCCGAGAAGAGCGUGCCAGAGGAGGACAGGGUCCCCGAGACUCUGCUGACUUCCUGGCGCCCGGCAAUGGUCAACAUCGGCGGGGGCUACGAGAUCCUCGAGCCAACCUACCGCAACUCGGACCGCAUAGUCUGGGACCACCAGGAGCUCAUGAACCGGCUAUGGGACAACCGUCUGUCCAAAGGCUCCCUCCUGGGAUACCCUCCCCCUACACACUGGGACCACGUCCAGCGCAAGUACAUCCCCGACGACCCGGCCACGGUCCCGCGGUGGGACUUUGUCCGGAUGAACAAGCGCAUGCGCUUCCUGCGCUACGGACCGGGCCAGUUCUUCCGCGCCCACUGCGACGGGGCGUACACUGAGCGGGAUGCCGAGACGGUGGACCUGACGACACACUUUACCCUGCAGCUGUACCUGAACGACUCACACGGUGCGGCUCUGGAGAAGGGACGACAUACCAAUAACAGUGACGAGGCAGAGACUGGCGGCGGCGGCGGCGGGCUUGUAGGCGGCGCGACGUCGUUCCUCUCCAACGACGAGACCCGGAAGAUCGACGUACACCCCAGGGCCGGCAGGGUCCUCAUAUUCCAGCACAAGCGGCUGUACCACGCGGGCGAUGAUGUGCUGCAGGGUGUCAAGUACGCGAUGAGGGCGGAGCUGAUGUACAGAAGAGUUGUGCCACAGGAGAGUGGGUGA